AUGGCGGACGCGGCCCUGAUGGAUGGCCUGACGCACUCGGACUCUUUGGGCCACGUUGGGGGUGAGGAUCCCUGGAGACUGCCAUCCGUGGCCGACUCCGGCCCACCACAGCCCAGCGCCCGCCGGGCUUCCCAAAAGGGCGCCUCUCCGGCGCUGCAGACCUCGCUUGAUGAUGACAACGAGGGGCGCCCCGCUGCGCCGUCGACGCCGGCGGACCGGUGGGACAUCGUGAGGAAGCGCGUGGUGAACGCCGUGGGCGCCAGCCUGUGCUUCAGGACGCUCAGGGACAUGUACGGGGAGUUCAUGCUGGAUCCGGAGAAGCUCACCUUCGUCAAGACCCUGGGAGAGGGGAAUCACGGCAAGGUGGACAAGUACAAGUACUCGGACGAGAGCGGGGAGUCGUUCAUCGCCGUGAAGCGGCUGAAGAGCAGCAUGGUUUCCGCUCAGGACAUGCUUGACUUCAUCAGGGAAGUGGAACUGCUAAAGAAGCUCUCACACGAUUGCAUUGCCACCUAUCGGGGAUCUGGAACCCUGCCACCAGAGGACACGGGAAGGGAGGGAGAGCAAACAGAGGAACAGGAUCACGACUUGUACCUGGCAACAGAGUGCCUCGAUGGUGGGACUCUGCGAGACAUAUUGAUAAGAGAGAUGCAGGAGAAACACGGCACUCAGCACAAGUACACACUGUUGGAAGCUGCGGUUUGGAUGCUGGAUGUCGCUCGUGGAAUGGCAUACCUCCACGGUGCUGAACCUGUGGUUAUGCACAGGGAUCUGAAGUUGGAGAACAUAAUGCUGACUGAUGAUGGUCGUGCCAAGAUUGUCGACUUUGGCCUUCACAAGGUGAUAGACAGCUGGCUGAGAGAGUAUGUCAAGGAUGAUGAAGGCCUGUAUGAGAUGAGCGGAGGCAUGGGGGCAUACAUCUACAUGGCGCCUGAGUCGCUGAAGUCAAAUCGGUACAACCACCUUGUGGAUGUCUACGCCUUCGGCAUCAUUUUGUGGGAGCUGAUGCACUACGAGAUGUUAAUAAAUCGUGUCUCUCUGCAUGGAACAACGGACGACCUCAAGAACUUUGCAAAAUACGUCUCCAGAGAGGCAUGGCGGCCACCCAUCUCCAACGACCUGCCAAAGGGGAUAGGUACAGAGGCGUCACUGUUG